AUGAGCUUGGCGACAUCGCAUCCAAUGGGAGGUAGUAGUGGCCAGCUGAGCUGCCGGACCAAAGCGGUGUUGACGGCUCCAACCCUUGGCUUCUUCGCGUUGCGGUAUGUGAAGCUGGGAUACAUGAAGAAGUUCUACACAGAUGACUAUCCGCGGGCUUCGCUGAGCGUUUUGUCCACAUUUUUGAUCCUGAGCACUUUGCUGGAUCUGAUCUUUGAUCCUACGCUGGCUGGAUGGACCGAUGGCCUUCGUAGCGUCUUUGGUCGCGACUGGGGUCGUCGUAAGCCCUUCCUGUUCGUGGCCAGUUUUCUGGUGACGAUCUCCUAUGCCAUGGCUUUUGCACCACCAGCCAGCUUUUCAGCCAAAGCUCAGGAGGAUUCUGAGGCCUGGUUUGCAGCCAAUGGAAAUACGGCCACCGCCCCAGUCUUCAAUUCUGUGGCCUCAGCGGUUUGGUUUGGGAUUUUCCACAUUGCCGUGAAAGUCUUUUCAGAUGCCAUUUUCGAGAUACCUCAUGGUGCCUUGUUGGUCGAAGUGACACACGAUGGCAAAGAGCGAACAUCAGUGUGGUCGUGGCGAGAGAUCUUCCUGUGCUUUGGAAUUUUGGUCGGAAUGGUGGUGCCGAUCAUCGGAGAAAAUGAGUGUUCCUCAAGUCCAGAAACUGACUGCUACUCCUACCUCAUGAUCUCCCUGGCGGUGGGUCUAAUCUUCACCAUUUCCACCCUCUUCUUAUGCUGGGAUAUCAAAGAGAGACCAGCUUCAAAUGUACCAGGACCUGUCGAAGCUCUCGUGCCCAGCAUUGUGGGAUGUUUCAGUAACUUCCCGUACAUGAUUCUGCUGAUCUCAGACUUGGUGGAGGGGUUCGGUGCCAACCUUCCAUUGCUGGUGCUGCCUUACGUGGUGGACUGGGUGGUGGGCCCUCAGGCAGCAACUGACCUGGUGGGAUCUCCUGGGAUGUUGUUUGCAGCUUGCGUGGUGGUCCAUAUGGUGGUGCGACUCCCGGUAACCUUCGUGUGGAAGUGGGCCGCUGGAAGGUUUGGAAAGUAUCAUACUUUCUUGGCCUUCAACAUCAUGUAUGGAGUCUAUAUGUUUGCGUUCCUAGCUGUUACCAAAGGACAAGCACUGUUAUCUAUUAUCCUCUGUGGCCUAUGGGGUAUUGCUUAUGGCGGACACUGGCUCCUUCUGGACCUGUGCUCGGAUGUGAUUGACUAUGACGAGCUCGUAACUGGCCGACGACGAGAAGGGCAAUUCACAAUGGCACGAGACCUUGUCCCAAAGAUUUGCGAAAUUCCGGCCGAUGCUCUGCCCUUUCUGCUGAUGAGCUACUUCCAGUACAACCCAGACUUAGCAGAGCAGCCUGAAGAAGUGCAGUGGAUCAUUCGAGGAUCAUUCUCUAUCGUCCCAGGAUUGGCAGGAUUGUUAGGAACUGUGGUUUUAUUCUGGUUCACCCUGCGCACCAACGAACAGCAUGAGCAGAUCAUCAAUGGCAUCAUAGAUCAUCAAGCAGGCUUGUCUGUUACGGAUCCUUUGACAGGAUUGCUCCUCCCUCCUAUCAAGCCUUUGUCUGAUGGCUCUGUUGAGUACUCUGGUUCUAUUGUGGGUGCUCAAGAGAUCAAGAUCUUGGAGCAUUUCUUUGCUUCAGAAAUAGCUUGGGCAUGUGACUCUCAAAAUGUCGGCAGAUUGAAGAUCAAACCAUUGAUCUACCUGGUGAUAUCGCUCUUACUCGUCAUCCCUGGUGUCUUCCUGACUAUCGAAGGAUGGCCUGCCUUGUCGAACGGAGAGAGCUCGUGGGCACCAGUGGGCAUCAUCCUUCUGGGCUUCGCCUUUAUCGGCUCCGUCUUCAGUGCAGAGAGGAUACGACAGGGCAUCAAGGCACAUGGCUGCGUGCAGCUGAAGGACUUGGAGGUCAUGAAGGCCAUUCACCAGUCGCGUGGGCGAAUCCCAGGUGGGCAGAAGGUUGCGCCUGAGGAAGCAAAGCUGAUGUCAGGCGCCUAUUGUGUUUGCUGCUGUCCACGAGAUCUAGAGGAAGAGACCUGGGUUGUGGCUGAUGCAAUGCGAGCUGAUCAUGGCCAAGCAGUGCAGGAAAAGCAGGUGCGAACGCGAAGCGGUCACAGGAGCAUUGCAUUUAUUGAGGGCGUGGAAGUCUUUGUGGAGAAGAGGAGAUUGGCCAUGGAACGCACCAUGAUGAACUUGAGCGCCUGGUCGCAGCUCUUGGCACAUUUUUGUGGCUUUGCGGCGAUCGAAGCAGGGGGCGCCUUGCAACACAUGGAGUGGUUUGCCAGUGGCCCGACUACUGCCUUCAUUGCAGUGGUGAUCAACCAGGUCAGCAUCGGCAUCCUCUUUCGCUUGAUGGAUUUGUUCCGGAUGUACACCGUCACCAACGAAACGGAUGAACGAGUCGUCAUGCUGAAUGAGGAGAUCAAAGAGGCGGAAAAUGAUAUCGUAAGCUUGGCCAGCUCCUUCUUGAUGGUUCAGGUCUUCCGCUUUGGCUUCACAGGCCACAUGCCCAACGUGGAGGGCCAUGAGGAGCCGUACGUUCCCAUGGGCAUCACUGCGAUGAGCUUGCUAUUUGUGGUGGGGUGCGUUGGCCUGCUUUCCUCGGUGUUGAUCAGUUGCUUGCCAGAAGUGUCAUCCCGUGCGCAAUGGCUGCUGGAGAAGUUCCAGAACAUUCUGGGUAUGAUUUUUGCGUGGUCCACACUCUGGAGUGUAUCAAUGUUCGUGCGCGAGACAGAGACCUUUACCAAGAUCUUGCAUACAAGCCUUUACCCCAAUGAGCGGCACUUGGUCGCUGCUUUGUUCCUGUCAAUGUGCAGCUUAGCGGUGAUCCGGGUGCUGGACAUCAUUCAAGACAUGGGAGCUUCGUCCCCGAGAAUCUUGCAAAGUAUGAUCAACGUAUUCUCGGUCUUGAUAGGACUUGGCCUAAUGGGCAGAAUGUUCGGGAUUCACCAGGAAGUCGACUGA